AUGGAUUACCAUGCUGAGUGCUUCCUCUGUGAUCCAGAGGAGGGGCAUGGCGACCCGGAUGAGCCGCCGCUCCACAGUAUCCAUGCGCCCAACCGGAUACGCCCAUCAUCGUACCGAGCCCUGAGGAGCGCUGUGUCUAGCCUGGCUCGCAUCGACGACUUCUUCUGUGAGAAGAUCGGUUCAGGCUUCUUCUCAGAGGUCUUCAAGCAUGCUACGAGAAGUGCAGCUAAUGAACAGGCUUUGUCAUCCCAACAUCUCAGGUUCCUCGGGGUAUGUGUGCAUGAAGGCCAACUCCACGCUCUGACAGAGUAUAUAAACGGGGGGAACCUGGAGCAGCUGUUGGAUAGCGACCUGUACCUGUCGUGGGGCGUGAGGAUGGGUCUGUCUCUGGACAUCGCCCGAGGGCUACAGUACCUGCACAGCAAGGGCAUCUUUCACAGAGACCUCACCUCCAAGAACUGUCUGGUCCGCUGUGAUAACGGCACAUUCACUGCUGUGGUGGGAGACUUUGGCCUGGCAGAGAAGAUCCCUGAUUACAGUGACUGUGUGGGGAAGCAGCCUCUGGCCAUUGUUGGCUCCCCCUACUGGAUGGCUCCUGAAGUUCUGAGAGGAGAGCUGUACAAUGAGAAGGUGGAUGUGUUUGCGUACGGCAUCAUCCUCUGUGAGAUCAUUGCCCGGAUUGAAGCUGAUCCAGACUUCUUACCGAGGACAGAAGAUUUUGGUCUGGAUGUGGAUGCGUUUGAGAACAUGGUUGGAGAUUGUCCACCUGUGUUCUUUAGUCUUGCUGUCACCUGCUGUAACAUGAAUGCAGAGAGGCGUCCUUCAUUCUCUGAUAUUGUGUUUACGCUGGAGAGCAUAGAGCGAGAAGAAGAGGGAGAGAAGCCCAUCGCACUUGAGCUAAUAGCCGUAGACGUCAGUCCAUACCGGCGCCUCAGCUCUCCUUGUCAUCUCAGUGACCGCAGCCAGCAACGGCAAGGCUUGGCAAGAAGCCAGUCGGACAUGCUGCCCCCGGCAAGCCUGGCUUCUCCUCUCCUUGGGACCCCAGCUCGUGUCAACCCCUUCUCUCUCAGACAGGACUUAAAUGGGGGGAGAUGUAAACUCUUAGACACCCCCAGCAAGUCUGUCAUCUCCCUGACUUUCACCCUCCCGGCACUCCGGGACCCGUGUGCCUCCCCCCACCUCCUGAGGGGCAUGCCAGGGACGAGGGCUCCACCGAGGAGAUGCCAGUCGCUCCCCUGUACCCCUGAGCUCAGCCGGACUGUAGCCUUGUCCAGAGAUACUGUAGAGAAGGAGGAGGAAACAGAGGAGAACGUCAGUGUUGGGAGCAUUACAGAAAGGACAGGGGAGGAGGAGGAGGACAACUUGGGGAAGAAAAUUUCAGAGCAGGAUGAAAGGUUGCUGGUAGACCACAUAAAGGAAACUGAAAAGAAAGAGUUGUUAAAAGAGAAUGGUGGGAUAGAACAGGACUCAGGUCCUUUUGUUGGACUGGAGAUGGUGUCUCUGGAGCGGUUGGAAGAGGAAGAAGAGGAUGACGAGGUGGAGGAGAGUGUGUGUCUAACUGAACCUAUGGACUGUACCAAGUCCCCAGAGCCAACAGAAAGAGCCUUGGACUCCACACCUGGAAGGACCCUGCUCACCUGCACUUCCUCCUCCUCCUUACAGACCAAUGGCUGGAGACUUCCCAUCUCCAAUGGCCCGCCCUCUUUGCCUCCUCUUCCGCGACUGGACAACAACAAUGGCACAGCUGCUGUGAUUGGCCAGCAGGUGCAGUGGGGUGUAGGUGGGUGUGCUAAUGGUUACAACAGAACCCAAGUCCUGUCCUCCGAACCGAGUGGCUCCUCUGAGCAGGAUGAGGUAAUUUCCUGUCCUGGUUGCUGUCUGGUUGGUCUGAGUUUCCCGUCACUGUGCCUCCGUGGUUCAGCUGCCAUGCCUCCCCCUCGCCGAAGGGCUUCGUUACCACGGCAGCGCCCUUUCCGGAACCUCAACGGAACCAUAACUGGUGGCAGCGCGUCAUCAGCAACAGCAGCUGCCACAGCAGCCAAAACUCUACUUUGUCGCAGCUCUAAUGGACUAGUAGCAGCUGGGCCCUCAGUGACAUGUGAACCGGGCCGGUCUCUUCCAGAGGCCCAGACAUAAGCCUGCUCAGAGUGCCGUUCAUCAUUAGCACUACAUGUGACAACAAUGCAACUUUAAAUGUUGCGUUUUUAAUACUGAGAACCUAAUACCUACCCCUGCAUACGAGUAUGUUGUUAAUUCUGGGCACAAAGUAAUAACUGUUGAUUGAGCGCCACCUGGUGGGCAGGAGGAUUAAACAUAACAAAUCACUGUGACAGCAGAGAACAUGGUGCUGUGAAGUGUGAGGGCCUGAAGGCAGAUAGAGGUUACCUGGCCCAGAGAGGUUCAAACUAAGGGAGGAACCGACUCCCAAUUCUGUCAGAUGAAUCAGUUUGUCUUUUUGAUACAAAGCUUUGGCUAUUUGUUAACUUUUUGUUGUUGUUGAUUCUUGUUUCAGUUACCAAAGUGGUUUUUCCAUAAGCAGACAUUUAAACAAAAUCAGCCAUCUACCUUUUCGGUACUGCGAUUGAAGAGACCCAUCAAUUUUUUUAACUAAAUCAAUCAAGCAGAUGAAGGAUUUCAGAGAGCAAGAGAGAUCACGUUAGUUGCAGCUAUGGCUCUCGCACUGAAGAAAAGCAGGAGAAAUAUUCAUUAAAUAGGGGCAUAUCUCUGCUGACAUUCAAUAGCCUGUUAUUGAAUUGAUACAGGGGGGUUCAGUUAAAGCUUUGAAGGUUUAUAAAGUCUACAGCCUGCCAUGCUUUUGUUUCUUUAUGCAGUGAGUUCUCUGCUUUGUCUGACAGAAUGUGAGUCGGUUCAGUCUUUUUGGUUGACGACUGAAAUGAUCAGGUGUUAAAGUGGCAGCUCUGGUUCAAACACACAGCCAGGGCCAGAAACUCACCACUGGUCCUGAUCCAAACGGAGCAGCUAGUCCGACUGACAGUGAUGCACACGUCAUCUGUACUGAACCAAAUCAAACUGAAAUCAGUUUGCACUCAACGGUGCUAAAUCCUGUUCUUGAGGCUGUCAUGGGGGGAGAAAAGAAUUUGGGGCCAAUUGAAUAAGCUAAUUUUUAGUGAACUUACAGUUUCUUACAACUGAGGUUGUAUAUGGCUUUUUCCUUCUUUCUAAGGACAAUGAGAAUAUUGUUUUCAUAAGAUCUGUGAACAUGUUGACUUGAUUAAAAAAAGGCUGUAUUUGAAGAGGGUGGACAGCAUUAUGAUCUUAUCUAUUCCUUGUAAACAUCCAUUGAAGUUUACAGACAGGCGUCCUUCUGUAACUUUGACAGAACUCCUGUUGGAUACACUGCUGCUGCCCUGCACUGUUAAGCGGUGUUCAGAUCAGAAGUUUAGCAAAUUUAAGCCCUGCACUGCUUAUAUGUUUGAUAGGGGGCGAUGAUGCUUGUGACAAACAGGUGGUUAGUUUCCUGAUGUGUCUGUGUGAACUGUCCUGCUACUCCCAGCUGACCAGCGCUCCGUUUCACCCAGCUCAAGAUUGUGACAAAACUGGGAGACACACACAAGUUGGCAUUUACAAAAGAGUAAUUUAUUUUUACAAAGACAUGAGUUAAAUCAACAUAAGAUGUCAUCAGUAAUGUAAAGUGUGUGUGGGUGUGUGUCACAUGUCACAAGGUCUGAAAGGUCUAUCAUGUAGAGCACACCAGACCCAGAUGCAGCUCGUACAGCUGAUUAUCUCCAGCCAGGGCACACCUCUCUCUGCAACACAACACAGAACCAGGACAAUCCAGUGGCCAGGCAGAGAGGGGUCCCACCGGUCAGCAAGGAACAGUACCAUGAUUUCUCUGAUGGACACUAGCUACUGUUUUAGCUGUGCAGCGCCCAUCAUCCUGUCUAAACUGAUACUCAGUUUCACCUCAGAAAAAACAAAACAGACUUUGUUGACUUAGCAGCAAUAUUUAGAUACAAUAAUGUUUUGAGAGGUUACUGAAAUAAUUAAAGGAUGAUGCUGUUUUUUAAAAAGUAAAUGUGACUUGUAACAUCGGCCUGCAAGUUAACGUACUAUUUUAAUAUCAGUUUCUAAUGCAGCCUCAUAAUGAUAAUUGUAUCUCAGUGCUUUAAGACUUUUAAGACAAAGUAACGGACAAAAUGAACACCUGUAUUUAAGAAAUUCUUGUAGUGUGAAAGCGUUUUAUUGCACAAUUUUCCUAUUGCCCUCGAUUUGUAUUGCUCAAUUCAAGCGAGAACUCUAUCCUCGUCUAUUUUCCUCUUCUCAUUGACUGAGAAUGUAAAAAUGUCCUUUACUUUUUGUCUGAGCUCAAGCGUUAGUUCUCACGGAGCGAACAGAAGAUGAUGAAUAGAGUUGACCUCAGCCAGCAUUGUGUGGCUGCAGGUUCAUGGACAUACAGUAUGUGACUUUAAAAAAAGGUUUUGACUCUAUUUAACUGAUUAACCGUAGCUUAGUGGGGGAUAUUUAUAAAAUAAACAAAGAUGAUCUACUUCCUACAUUUUUUAUAGCAGUUGACCUUGAAUGAGUGUGUUUGUGUGGGUGUGUGUGUGUGUGUGUGUGUGAGGGAGGAUGAAAGAGAGAGAGACUGGUUUCUGUCACAGGGAGAAGUUCCUCCUGAGCUCGUCAUGUGAAUUCUUUAUUUUUGCACUUCAGUUUGGAGCACUUUGCGGUAAAACACCAGGCUUUUGCUCAACGGUGCUUUAUUUAAACCUGUGCUACUGGUGUUUUACAUUUGUGUGCUUCUGGCCCAACAAUAACACAGCUUUCAUUCUUUGACAACUGUUCCUCUCUUACAUGUAUCUCGUGUAUGUACAUGUACAUUCUGAUUACUCUGUUGUAAUUUAUAAGUGGCAUGUGAAGCAGGUAUGACUAUUUAUUGUACAGAUCAUUCCACACACUGUGUGUGUACAGUAUGUGCUUUUGAGUGGAAGGAAGAGAGAUGGAUACUCACAGGAUCAUUUUUAUCCCGUCAUUUCUGAUGUUUAACCAUGUUUCUCGCUUUAUUUCUAGUUUUGUUCUGUUCUUACAGCUAGAAACCUGCGUGCAAUAAUCUGUAAUAAACACAUUUGGUUGUGCAUAAA